CGCAUAUAGAAUUAUGAUCAACUCCUGACGUCAGAGGGCAGAUUAAACAUUUAUAGCCGUCAGCCUAAGUGCAUUUAUCUCCACAACUUCAUCGUGAAACGGAAACUUGAAGUAAGCAUCGCGAUACCAUCUGAGACGAGGAGACUAAUCACGCUGGUGGGACUUUUAAGGACUCUGAGGACGCGUCGGACUUCCCAUUUACAUGACUUGAAGAACGAAGAUGGACGCCAAACACCUCUGAGAUUCGUUUUAAGGCAGUGAAACCAGCAACUGAUCCGAAUAAUUGACUUCAAACUCAAGCCAAACUUGUUGAAAUGCGUUUGUCUCUGUUUGUCUCCUCCAAGGCGCUGUAAUCAUAUUCUGCCCCAAGUUUCUCACACCUUUAGGCAGCCUAUGAAAAGAACAACCGGCACUUACGCGCAGUUGAUGCCUCCGAGAAGCCACCCCUACCCUCAUAUGCCAGUCUGUCUGACUUUACAACCUUUAUUGUUGCCAGACUCCGACUGCAGACCAAGAGAGGAGGAAGACUCCGAUGGAAAAUCAUGCAGCGCGUUGAACCCAUGGAGACAUGGCACAUAGGUUCCUCUCAUCUGCGAACAGAUUCAGCGCCAGAUUCGCCUUCAUAUUCACUGUGUCACUGUCCUGCACCUAUUUAUGCUAUAGUAUCAUUUUCUGCCGCGGCACAAUCAUGACAAAUCAGGGUUACGAGGGGAAAAGAUGCCCGCCGAACAAGAACGCAGGAGGGAAGAAACUUCUUGAGAGAUUGGACAAUUGCGCUUCGCUGGAAGUCAGGUCCGCUCUGGAUGUGUCCGCUGCCCAGCGAGGAUCGAGUGAUGCCCGCGAGCAAAGUAAAGCUCCUGACUCGUCUGGGGGUCACUGGGCUGACAUGAAGUUGAGAAAUAUGAGUGUGGCGCAGAAAUAUGGGAAUAAGAAGCUGCCUAACGCGUUAAUAGUCGGGGUAAAGAAAGGAGGCACUCGGGCGGUGCUGGAGUUCAUCCGGAUACAUCCAGAUGUGCGCGCACUUGGAACAGAACCGCACUUUUUCGACAGGAACUAUGACAGAGGACUGGACUGGUACAGGUGAGGAAAAUAUCAAACACUGCAGUAUUCAUCUGCUAUGUUCUUACCAUAGGUUGAUGCCGUGUUUCUUUAAUUUUCAUUUUUUAAUUCUGCCCCUUGCAGUCCUUUGACUCUUUUGUCUCUUCUGACUCCUUUGUCACACACAAGCACAGUGACAUAAUAAUACUCUUGCUUAUCUGUUUGAGUCAAAUACAACAGCCAUGAUCUCUAGUUUUUCAUGUUCUUGCUCAUAGAUAGUUUCCUUCUGUGGUGCUGAAAAGACAGCUCCAUGAGGCUGAUGUAAAGGCAAUUUGCAGCCACGGGUUACCAGCUGUUCUCCAAACAGCUAUACCAGGACACCAAUGCCCCCCUGUUGAGUCACAUCAAUGAGCAGGCUAUUGCUGAAGUUUCUACAUCUCACCUUUCUGAUUUUUGUUAUCGCCAAUUUAACCCAGAGGUUCAAGGUCCCCGUGGUGAUCAUUACCAAACUAACUUGUUGCACUCGGGUCUGCAUAUCUCCUCCAAAUGACUUUAACACUCUACACCAUUAUGAGAGGAUGACUGUGAGAGCUGCCUCCAGCCUCCAGAACAUGGAGCAGGUGAUGAUGAAGGUUUUUCUUAAGGCAGCACCUGCCUCAGCACAGAAGAGCGGAGGAUGCAUCAAAUUAUUAUGUAUAUGAGCACCUGCCCAUCAUGUCUCUGCCUACAGUCUGCUCACACCCCAUGUAUGCUGUUGCACACAGUUUUGCUCAGCUUCUAUUGUGUUUUUCAGCUUUAUUUUUUAACAGUUAAAGGCAGUUAAAUAUUUCCCUACACGCUACAUAAAUGCAUACUUACAGUUCAGGAUGAGACUAAAAUCAUUUUAUCACAACACUCAGUGUGCAAAAAUGUUUGUCUAAUGUAGAUUUAAUGCAGCUUUACUGAAAUAAAACUGAGUAUAGAGUCAACAUCAGGCAAUCGCAGACCACAUUUUAAGAAUUUUUGAGUUGUCACUCACUGAAUAAAGUGGACUGAGACUGGAAUCACUGCAGCAGGACUUCGAUUUUGAAUGUUACUAAAGCCUUAUUCUACAAAAUGAGAAAUGUUUUGCAAGACAUGACACUAUGGCUGGAAAAGUAAACAUCCUGAAAACUAAUCUGGUGGAUGUACUGCACAUCUAUAUGGUUAUCAGCCCAGGAGGUGUUUUGAACGGGCAGAACCAUUAAAAAAAUUUGAAGGAUGAUUGGACAAAUUUUUUGCCAGUCAGAUUUAUUACAGUCCUAUCAGUGUGGCAAAAUAUGUGACGUAGAAAAGGCACUGCUGAGUUCUUCUCUGCACUUGUCCCUCACGUUUGCAGUUAGCUUCAGUUUAUUUCAGUCUAAAGAUCAUCUUCUAACAUGGAGUAAUAUAACUUUAUUGUUUUUCACUCACCGUUUGUAUGUGCCAUCAACAUGAACCCCGCAAGUUUUCACUGUACACCUCAAAAGGGAGCAUAUUUGACCAGUUCUCAUACCUCCUGGUUCGCUUUUUUUUUUUUUUUUACAGGCUUGCAGCUGCUUCUUGCCUCCAAAACAAAAUGCAUCAUAGUUACCAUCUCUUUCUACCCAAAUUAUGCUAAUUGGUCCAGUCAUUUUCUGACUGGGAACAAGCAGUUCAGUUUAAACCUUUGCAAAAUGGACCCACCUGAUGACAUGCAUGGUUAUUCUUGCAUUGAAUCAGCUUUUAAUUUAAAAAAUAAGUUAAUAAAUGUGAAUUUCAUUCAUUAGAUAUGACAUCCCUGUAAGUAGUCCUGUUAUUAAUUUAAUCGGAGUUAUUCAACUAUUUACCUUUAUAUUGCAUACAUAAUCUAUUUGUGCAUUUGUUAUCAUUUCUAAUAUUAUCUGUCAUCAAAACUGUGAAUUUUGUGGUGAGUGACUCUGUUAGCAACGGUAUGAAUGGUUGAGAGACGUUUCCAAUUAGUCCAAAUGUCCCACUACUCUGCUCACAAGCUGAAAAUUUGAAUUUUAAAAUCAUACUGUGAAUUAAUUAAAAUGAAUGAUUCCUUCAAAAUUUGACAUUUAAAACAUGGAAAUUAUUAUUAUUAUUUUUUUCAAUUUAUUUUUAAAAAACUCUAUCCUCUCCAGUCACAGUUCUGAGUGAGGGGGUAUGUGUCAGCCGAGCAUCAUAUUAAACAGCCCUCUUUUUACAGUUCCCACGUAAAUAAUAAAUGGAAAAUUUGACUGUGAGAAGUCAGCAGGGUGAGAAUUUGUCAAAAGUCACUUUUCAAGCAUGCAGAGGACAUGAUGAGUGAACUCUCCCACAAGAGGGCGCCAUAAAUGACACAAACUUAGAGUUCCUCGGAGAAGCUUUGGUUCAGAGUUGGAACACUGUGGAUGUGCGGGAAUCUUUUUUUUUUUUUUUUACAUUUUAAAAUAUUCACUUCCUCAGUAAUUUGCACGUCUAUCGAGCUGUCCUUAUAAAUGCAGCUUCUGAUAGUUAUCCUUAUAAUGAGUGUGUUAUAUGUAGUUAUCUUGCCAAUACUGCUUUGAAAGAAAAAGCUUUUAGCAUUUUUAAUACUGAGGUGAAACUCCCCAGAGAACUAUUUUAUGAAUUUUCUGUAAAAAUAAAGGACUGAGCUGGAAAAUCUGUUGAACACCUUGGCACGUGAAACCGUUUAAUUCAGGCAAGAAAAUUCUGCUUACAGCGGUGAAAGUGCCAAUUAGUGCAUGCAAAGCAGAUUAAAGACAGUGCAACAUGUCAACAUUGGGCUUUCAUAAGAAUAUGCACAUAACUCAAAGAGUGAACCAAGAAGUCUUGUGUUGCAUUUUCCUGUCCUUUCAAACAUUCAUGACAUUUCACGGCAAUGGACUCUUUCUGUUCCAACGAUUAGACUGCACCAGACCAAGACAAAAUGAAACGCCCAUUAUUCUGCAGCUUUAUGAAGCAACAGCCAAACUUAACUUCAUCAGCAUGCAAACUUUUAGACCAGAAGGUCUGGGCUUUAAAAUUGUGGUUUUCUCUGUCACUCCAAAGUCAAGCAGAGCUACACAAAGGUUGCAAAAAUACAUUUGCUGCUUGCAGAAAGUUACAAAGCUGGAACAUUGCACAUUUCAGACAGGCUGACAGUUUAUACUCUCAAAGUAAAUGCUUUAACAACACUGCAGAUAAAGGGUUGGUUUAAAUACAGCUGAACAAACUUAUUAUUCAACCUGAUGAUGACUGGAUGAUGGUCAGUGUAUUCAAGCGGCCUGCAGUGAUUAUCUGUCACAGUGUCUUUGCGUUUUGAUGGACUGGCACUUUUUUUUUUUUUUUGAAAGAAAGGAUCAUAAUGUCUUUGUACAAUGUGUGUCUCCCUGCUUUGUGCAUUGCUAAUCUAUGUCUUGCCAGUAGUAGCAAAGUUAUAUCUGUUUAAUUAAUUAAUUAAUUAGACUAUCAACCAACCUUCAACUACAUGUUAACAUUGCAAGCAGGGGGGAGAAAAAAUUAUAUUCUGUGUAAUUAAUUUCUGAAGUUUGUCCACAGCUUCAUAAGAAUUGCUGGAGGAGGUGGGAUUUAUGACCUAUACUGCAGCCCGUCACCAGAGGGUGCUGUUCUCAUGGUGGCUUAACCCAGCGAGGAGGCAGACUCUGUCCAUUCUACAUACAGUCUAUGGAAACGACACAAACAAAACAAACACAAAAUCCCACAGCACAAUCACCAUUAACUCAAAUUUGAGUCCAGCACUGCAGUUUGAAAAUCAGCGUUAUUUACAAUGAAGUUUGUUUCCAUACAGAAGCCAAUUUUCCCCAAAUCAAUGCACAAUGCCUCAUUUGAUAAGUUCAGGCUACCAACACACAUACGUUUGCUAAGGAGCUCUAUCAAUCUUGCAGCUCCAGUAUUUUUGUUGUUUCAUGACCCCUGAUCCUGCAGCACAUUCCUCCAAAUGAAGGUUGAUUGGGUUGUUGCAGAUCAGACACCAUUAUUAGCCAUACGAUAAACUUAUGAUUCAAAAUAACCAACGAAGUCAUCAAACAAACGGCCAUCAUGUAAGAGCAACUUAAGCAGUUGAAACAAAGCCAUGCAUGAGACAUGAAUUUCAUUUCAGGGUCAUAGAUAAGAAAAGAACUCUGAAACUUGGAGCCCAGAGAGGACAUUAAAAAACCCCUGAUGAAAUAAAGAAGCGCAUGUCAUUAUUAUUCUUGGUGUGUAAUGAGCAGUAUAGUCAUGCAGGCCCACCCACCAGUUAUUAAAUGACUUCAGAGAUUAAUUGGUUGCUAUAAUUGCAGUGAUUAAUUUGUUAAUAAUGAGACUAAAUAAUUUGGACAUGGAGGUUUACUAUUGACCUUGACCAGGACCAGAUUAUGGCAUGAGCCAAGGUGGACUAGAACGGCUCACCACUCUUUCCCUAAGAUUGGUGAACUGUUAGUGUCUGCUGUAAUUUGUGUACAAUUCUUAAUCUAUAACAUGAAUCCCUAAAGGCUGUUUUUUUUUUUUCAAUUAGCAGGCUUGUCCCAGCAUGCAUUGGUGUGAUGAGAUUACAUGUUAACAAUGCGGAAACUACUGUUUAAAAUCAGUUUACUGUGCCCCAAAACGUUGAACCUAAGAGCAAAUUUUGGAAAGUGUUCUGGUUUGUAGUACAAAGGGCAGACUUCAAAAGUGUUUCCGUGGGUAUUGGUAAUACACAUGAAGACAGUCCUUUACACAGCCAGCCAUUGCUAGUCAUCUAACAUGGAUUUGGCAUCAGUCCUUGCCUCUACAAACAGACAUUUACAUUGAAAUGUUGGCUUUUUGACCUUUCUUUACAUAAAGUCAGCUGGACUGCAAAUACAGCUACAGUGAAUUAGGAGUCCAGAGGAGAAGUCCUUUCUUUCUAACCUCGGUGUACAUCAGAAGUCUCUAAAAAGUUGUCCAUGACGUCAUUAUCGUAUGGUAGCUCUUGCUACACCAGGGUUGAAUGAUGUAUUAUCAAGGGUGAAAGUAAGCUGGUACGCAGCGUUACGCUGUAUCAGGAGGACAUAAACAGCAGUUUACAGCUGGUAUGCAGCGGUAUGCAAACUUUCAACCCUGCAGUAUAUGUAGGAUACAUUUGCUUACCCUACCACAUCAGUCUGCACUCUGCAUUGCAACCGUAGUAAUCCAAUAAGACCAUGCUGCUUGCAAGUGAGUCGUAUUUGCUUCCGCAAACAAACCAAUUUCCCAGAAGUGGGAGCGUUCAGUGCACACUUUUAAUUGGACGAUGGUUGCCUAGGCGCUGGGGACCACCUCUCACCUUUUGCAGAAGGAGGGAACUUUUGAAAAGACAGCUGCUUCAAUCUAAAUGCAGAAAUAUCACAAAAUGCAGAGAAAAAAUGAUUUUAUGUUCAAGAGAAAGAGAGAUGCAGCAGAUCAUGAUACUGUGGCAUCAGAGUCGGCAUCUUGUUAAACUUGGGUGUGCUCCUCUUGUACAAAGCCUAUGUGUACAGUACCUGCAAGAACCAUAUCCUACUUUUACCCCAUGUAUUUAACACAAAAAGAAACUGACUACUGUGAAGCUGGUCAGUAUGGUUACAUGUUGUUCGAAAACAUCACUCUCUUGCCUUAGUCUGAGUGAAACUAAGCUUUACUAAACAUGCUAACACAUUAGUCUGACUGAAAUUGCACUAAAUUAAACAUCAGUAUCAACGAACUGAAAGGAGGCAUGUCAUCACCUGUCAGUAAGUCAACUUUUGCCCAGUACUUGUGAACCAGAACAAGGACAGUAGUCCAGUCAAAUCACCCAAGUGAGCUAUAGCCAUAUCUUACUGAAUUGUACAUGUAAACGCACUGACUCUCUCUGUCUGUCGUAUGUGUGUUGCUACAACCACAGAUACAUCAUACUGGUGUGAAAGUUGUAUGCAGAAGAGAACAGUGAGUUUUAAUCCAAGUAGGAGAACCAUCAUGAGUCUGCUGUUCAGAUUUAACCUAGUUUUAAACACUGACAGGAAUGAUUGGUUGUGCGAGCAUCUCGGCUGCAUAUUUUAGUGAUUUUUAUGUAACAACCUGUUGCUCAUGCAGAAUUUUAUCCAUGAGGGUAUCAAAGCUGCUGUUAUAGCACUGGACACGCGUGAUUUAAAAUAGCAAAAGUUAACUAUAAACCCAUAAAUCAUAGAAACCAGCAGAUAGUGUUUGUAAUCAAGUUAAGCCUAAAAUGUAUUCAAUCCAAGGACACUGUUGUUAUUCCAAUCAAUGAAAUGGAUCUCUCCUGCACCUUUUGGGUUUGUGAUGCUCCAGCUGUAUUACAGUCUAGCUAUGUCUUAACCGGCCUUUGGGAGCUUAAAAGGCCAGAGCCGCCUCUGACUUCUGCUUCUGAUUAUGUUAGGCCUUUAAAAAAUUGUGGCUCCAAGUAAUUUAUUGACUUUCCUUCAGCUUUUAAUUCUUGAAAACACAUCUUCAACACUGAAAAAGAGUUCCAUUCAUGACAGUCCAAACUUUAUUUUAUUUUUUUGUAACUUUUUCUUCACAGCUGCUAACUGUAGUGCAGACAGGAACAUAUAACAUGUGACACCCAAUUAAUGGUCUGUUCCAGUGCCCUGGUCGGUUGCUCUGCUCAGUGUGUCCUGUUACAUUAAGCGUGUGACAGAUCAUUUAGGCUGAGAAGAAAAAUGGUGCAGUGUUCAUUACUGCGCCUCUUGAACAGAACACACACAUGGCCUCAUUUAUUUUGUGUGAGUGUGUCUACAUAACCAUACAAGACCUGAUAAAACACUCGUCUCACUGCCACUUACUUCCUCCCACUUCUCUCGCCACUUUUUCCUGUUCUCCACAGAAUCGUAAAGAUCAAACACAAACACGUCGCCAUACACUAUCAGGACUUAAAAGGGCAUCUCAGAUCUAUUGAUUUCACAGGAGUCAGAAGCACUUCCAGUAGAUUCCCAGAGAAGGGUUGAAAUUGUUUGAGAGGCUACAGCUACAAAUAUUCUCUUGGUCCACAUUAAUUGGCUUGGGGAGGCAGGGAGCUGUGGAACAGUAUCAUCAGAAAGGUUGAUGAGGACAGAAAGUUAGAUGGUUCUCAUUUAACACAGAAAACUGUGCGUUAUACAGCGGGGGAUGGUAAGUCGAAAUACUGCAUUAUUAAUGAGCUGUCUUCAUUUCAGUGCAGCUCGGAGACAUGCAGUGGUUAACAUUAAUUACCAAACAUCUCUUUUUCAGAUGUUUCCCCAAACGAAGCUGGUCUCAAACACAGAGAAAAAGAGCUUUUAUUCGUGCUAUGGAAUGAUUUAAUAAAAACAUUGUAGACAUGCAAACAUUCAAAAUGAAAAACCCAUUGGUGCCAGUUCAGCCGGCCUCUCAGUCAGCCUCUGAAGUAACUCAAAAAGCAUUAACUUUGCUGCAUAUGUUCAAAUUCCCACAAACUAACUGGCAAUUUCCAUGGCAUCCAGAACGGCUAUGAAAAGGCCGUAUCUGCAGAUCGUAGCUGAUCGUAACCAUUCAAGUCAAUGUCUACCAGCUUCUUUCCGUUCCGCUGCGGAUCCCCAGACUCCGCAGCUGAUAGCAAGAGUUCUAUUUUUCUAGACGCCGGAGCAUGCCAGAUAAAUUCAGCACAAAUUAACCUGUGCUGGAAAGAAGUCGGGCACAGACACAAAAUAAAACAUCCUGCCUAUUUUCAAAAUAAAACACUCUGUGUUUCAGGCGGAUCGUAUUUCACACCAUGCAAAAGGGCAGAUACGAACAAGUGAAGGGUUUAUAGACAGCAUUUUAUCCCGAUGAAACCAUGGAUGAGAGGACGCUGAUUUUAUUAGUCUAGAAGUAGAUUUCCUCCUCUAGAAGGACACAAUCCACUGCUUAUAUGAUUAGCCUAUGUGGCUAAAGACAACUUGUUAUUGCGGAAUUGCACUCAUGAUUCUCAUGAAUACCGCUGUUCGUAAUCUACCACGAAAUUUGUCUCACAAAUGGAUCCAAUAGGAACUGGCGGACGGCAAAAAUUGCCAACAUUCUGGAUCGGAGCUGUUCCAGGUGCAGUGGAAAUCCCGGGUUAAUCAGCUGUAGCUUCAGGGACCCCUUAGCUUAAAACUGCGCAUUGAUACCAGCAUGCUAGCACCCUCAAAGACAAAUGCUACAACUCUGCAUUAGCUUUAUAGUAGGGUGACCAUACGUCCUCUUUUUGGGGCUUGUCUGGGGGAGUUUAUAAAAUCCUUCAAAUGUCUGGAAGUUUUGAGUUUGUGUUGUGUGGACUUGCUGAGAUAGAAGCACAUAAAAAAACAAUACUUGACCCGACCCGAAAAACUCUCAAAAUGUAUUACACGCGACUACGUGACUGCGUCCCGCAUAGUCGUGUCCUCUUUUUGGAGAUUCAGAAUAUGGUCACCCUACAUAAUAGCAAAGCCAUUUUGAACAUGUUGGCAAGCUAAUUUCACAUCUUGCUCAAAACAUAGAAAUUUUAAUUGAGGAUUUUAAGAUUUAUGCACAAAACAGCAACAGAAACAAACUUUACAAGGAACCUUAUUGAAGUUUUUGUUUGACCUCUGUGGACAGAUCUUGUAUUUCCAUGACAUUAUCCUGCACUGCCUGAUAAUGUCAACCAAAGUUUGGUUGAGAAAUGGUAAAAUCUAACCUUUUUUUGUUCAAAAGCCUCAUUGUAAUCCACAUGGUGAUAUUUUCAAUGAGGCAAGGUGAACGUACGUGUCAGAAGAUACAACUCUGUAUUAAUAUUGAAACCUCUGGUGGACAAAGUGGAACCUUGUUUUCCUGUGCUGACUGAAUUAUCUGUCAAAACAUAAAACAUCCAUAGAUUUUUCAAACACAUCGGCCAUCUUUGUUAUCAAACUAUGACUUAUUGGCAGGGCUGUAAAAGACAACAAACAGAGAGUCAAUCUUCCUGCCAAUGGCUUUGUUCCUCUAUAAAUGCCCUACAGAGGUAUUAGUAAUGAUCUCUGCCUGGGUAUUAAGAGUGAGCAAGCACAUUAUACAUUUUUUCUGUUACGGGUGGGUGUAGAAAUGUUCAGGAGUGAAUACAUAUGAAAAGUGCUACUGUGAUUGUUGCGAUCAGGAUCCUGGGUUUACACUCUGAGGUUGUCAGCCCCUCCCCUCAGACCAAGAGAUCAGAUUCUGUCUAAGCUUUCCCUCCUGAGCCUCCACUUCUUCCGUCCUUUUGUACUUUUCCACUAACUUAGUGAAGAAAAAUUCUACUUAAGGUGUGUGCACUGUCGGCUCUCAAUUUAGAAAUACCCUUGACUGUCACAUUGCUGGAGGCUGAACUGUACAUCCAGAGACAACUUCUUUGUGCUCCAAAGUUGGUGAAAUUCGAGCACCGUCUGCAUGUUAGUGAAGGUGCUGCUGUAAAAAGCACUGUCAUCUGCAAAUCAAAGCAUUAGUAGUGUCACAAUAAACAGUAAGUUCAUCAAACAUCUUUGUUACGCAUAGUACAGCAUGGUUAAACUCCUUUACAGAUUUGUUUUUCUGUGGUCCUUGGCUGGAAUCGGCUGUAAAUUCCCGUAAAAUGAAACAAAAUAAGGGACAAUCAUCAUCUGAGGAUGCUUCGUUAGAUUUCAGCGGCUUUCUCCAUCGUCUGAGUGUUUCAUUUAAGUGUCAGUGAAUACUUUCUGCCACCACAUGUUAAUGUGACAGCUCAUAGCUCAGCUCAAUUCAACUCAUUUAUUGUUCAAGGAGAGCAAGUGUCAGUCAUCUCUCUCUGCACGCCAAACCAUGAAUAAUUGUUAUUUCAAAGAUACAUGAGCCCAGUGUUGAAAUGACAGCGAUUAAAUGGGUUUUGGUUCAAGGUUAAAUACAUUAUGCAAAUUUUUUUUCCCCACCAUCACAGAGCUGUAUUGUCCUGCUUUGAAUCUGUUUGGCCGAGGGCAGGCUUCAUGUCAAAACUGCUUCUUUACACCAAGACAUCUGGCUUAGCUGGUUUGUUAUCUUUAACCAAUUUGUUGUGAAUUAAAUUAGAAAAAUAAGCGCGCUACUCUUCUGAUUGUCAUUCCCCUCUGUUCCUCACCCGGCUGAAUUGGCCACAGGGUUGCUGUAUUCCUCUGGACCGCUCUUUGUUAACUCCUAAUCGACUUUCAUGGCGGCGCGGCCUCUGUUUCUGGUGAUUAAUGAUCACAUGUCAUCACAGCUGUAAUCUGAGUGAGUGAUACUUUAAUAAUAGAGCAGCCUCUUUACCAGAGACUGAAUCUGUGCUGUCAUACCCGGGGAGCUGAAGGAAGAUGCCAUUUUUAGGCAGACAUUAUGAGAAUCAUGCAGCACAAGGACAUUUCCCCUGCACCGUCUACCUGAGUAAUACAAACUAGUAAUGGGUUUGACUGGAGGGAGAAAGUCUGAGUGUGUGGUUUGGCUUUUAAAGACUUUUUCAGGACAAAUGCUUUGUGUGAAAGUCAGAAAGCUGCUUUCUAAAAGUGUGGAAAGAAAAUUUGGCCUCGGAUUCUUCAGAGACUCUGUAGCCCGACAAGAUGAUCAUUUUCAUCCUGUGCCAAGUUUGUAAACUCUCUGAACACAGCGCUGUGAAUGAUUCCACUUUCCAUUGUUUGUCUGCCAUUAAUUCCUGAGUGGUGGUGUGACACUCAUCUUCAGAUCAUCGUGGUGUGAUCUAAAAGUCUGAGCGCUGUGCUGGAUCAGUGGAGUCAAAAGCUGGUAACUUCUGCUUCCUUUGGAUAGACUAGACUACAGAUAAAAAGUUCAAUUGGGUGCAUGUCAAGCAGCAACCCUUGUCUGAAGAAAUGAAGCCAAUGCACAAGUGCUUAUAACUUCCUCCUUGAGGCUGGUUGUAGAGGUACUGGAAACUAUGUAAACACUGAGCGGAAAAAAAGAGACAAAGAUAGAGCAAAAACUAACAUUUAAAGCCAGGUUCAAAUUAGAGUUUUGGUCUGAGUAGCUUGGAACUCCGACAGCACCCAUGGUUCACUUCUAGAUCGGUGAAUCAGAGACUUGACUAACAGGCAGGCAGUCAAAUCACAUAUUUGUGAGUCAGGUUGAGCCAGCAAUACUGCUAUGGUGAUAGCCGCCAGUUUGAUUUGAAACAAAUGGAUGAAGUCAUGGACGCUAUGUCCAAGUUAUUAUACAGUCUGUGGUCCAUCUUCUACUGCUUACCACAGGGGCAACAGCCUAAGUAAGGAAGCCUAGACUUCCCCCUCUCUGGCCACAUCAUCCAGCUCUUCUUGGGGGACCCGAGGCAAUCCCAAUAGGCACCCUGAUUAGAUGCCCAGGCCGCCUCAUUUGGCUCCUCUCAGAGGGAGCAGCAGCUCUACUCCAAGCCUCUCCUGAUUAACCAGGUUCUUUACCCUAUCUCUUAGGGAGAGCCCAGCCACCCUGUGAAGGAAAGUCAUUUCAGCCACUUGUACCUGUGAUCUUGUUCCUUCAGUCACUACCCACAGCUCGUGACCGUAGGUGAGGGUAGGAAUGUUGCUCAACUGAUAUAUUAAGAGAUUUGCUUUUUGGCUAAGUUCCCUCUUUACCACAACAGACCUGUACAGUGUCAAUCUCCUGCUCCAUUCUUUCCUCACUUGUAAACAAGACCCCAAAAUACUGAACUCCUCCACUUGGGGCAGGAUCUUAUCCCCAAUCCUCAACCGUUUUUCUGGCUAAGAACCAUGGACUCAGAUUCGGAGGCGCUGAUUCUCAUCCCAGCUGCUUCAUACUCAGUCCGUGGUACAUAGGUUUAGUCACAUAAACACUUACUCAGAUGCAGAAUAUGAUACCAGGGCCAUGAUGGGUAACAUCACAGUGCUACAUCUGCUCACCUUUGGUAAGCUAACCAAGGGUUGUUGUUUUUAUUAUUAAACCUGCACAGAAACAUAUCAAAUUGCAAAAAGGUGGUAUGGUCCCUGCCCUGGCAAAGCCUGCAGCAGGGAGAGCAUAUCUCCACUCUGUUAUGUGCAUGCUUACAAGAAAGAACAGAGCCGACAUCAGUGAUGAUAUUAAUGACUCAGGUAAGAUCAGACACAGCAUAAAUGGAGGGUUUGGCUUGAUAUUGGAUAAAGGUCCGAUAUCAGAAAAAAAAAAAAAAAAAACUGAUUAUAUCAGCCUGAAUUUAAAAUCUCUGACAUCAGCACUCAGAUACAAGCAGCACCUCUAUCUUGGCAUCCUGAUACUUAGCAUGCAGAGCCUACAUGAUCACAAAAAAAGUGCGUACUAAGGUACAAACAAGGUAGCAAGGAGUAGGAGUGAUGUCGGCCGUGUGGCAGUAUUUCUUGUUUUAAGUCUGAAAAAAAAAGUUGCAGCUGAGUGCAAAACGUGCCUUUCACAAGUUUAUGCUUAUAUGGGAUCAAUAUAUAUUAGCCAUUACUAAAGACUCGUAUAUCAGUAUCGUAUUGGAAGUAAAACAGUUGUAUCGGGACACCCCUAGUUUGGGUCUCAAAAAAAGGUUAUUUUCUAACUAUUGCAAUAAAAAUAGUUUCAAUGAUUGUGGUUCAUUUGUCCUGUCAGACACUUUCGGUUAAAUUCUAUUGAAUCUGAAGAGAUUACAAAGAGUUGCAACCUUAAUAUUUAAUGAUAGUGAAUUGGACACCAGGGCUGUGACUGUUUUUUGUCUGCAUACUGUUAACUGUACAAACACACAGGCAACCAGAACCUGAGAGACUUUUCUUUUAUUUACUUUGUUACUCUUUUUUUCAUUAAUUCACCUCAGGGACCAAACAAACACUGCAGGCCAUGAAUCCUCUCAUUCUGGCAUCUCCACAGUCAGUCUGAUAUUAAUGGGCUGGGCUCAUUAUUAGGCCUUUGAUGACAAAUAUUUGUGGUCCAGCAGGAGGUAAAGACUCUUACCUGCAUCUCUUAGUCCCAGUGGACACACCUUACAUUAUGAUUCAUAGUUGUUCAUAGGUGAGACUCACAGCCUUGUCUUUGUACAUUGUUUAUUAGUGAUACAUCUUACAGAGAGAUAAGUUUCCUUUCUUCUCAGUACGUGACUUGGAUUCAGCGUUCUGCUGUUUUGCAUGAUAAUUUUGUUUUUGCAAACAUUUGCAGGGAACUUGUCUCAAACUCACACUGUGCAACAUUUUGGUUUAAGUUCAACCCUCAGUGAAAUGACAGUAAUAAAUUCUGAGUCCAUUGAUUGUUCACAAUGAGAUGAUCCAAAGCUGACCUUUACCUGUUGCGGCGUUGUGCAUCCCUGAUGAACCUGAGCUGCUCUUUACAAAGUUGAGGUUGUUUAAAAAGACUCACUCAUCGGAAACCGAAUAGUCUGCAAUGUCACUGUGUGGUUUGUCCUCACAAUGUGAAAGAAAACAUGCACAUACCUUAGGAUGAUGCAGCAAUUUGCACCUUUUUGAUUUACAUAUAUUCAGCGUCAAAUACAGCUGUAAAAGCUGGGGGAGGGGAUUUAUCACAGACCGUUAUGUUCCUCAGCAGCCUUCCUGUAGAAAGCUGUGAAGUCCAUUUUUUCUCAUAAGUUUGUGUCAGAGGGUUUGGAUUGCACUCUGUUGAAAUCCCUCUGCUAUAUGGGUUUGAGCUCAGGAAGGAUUUUACAUCUUCAUUUGGAGUUUUUUUUUUUUCUUUUUCCCCCAGCAGCUGUUGGAUGAUUGCAGGGUCUUUUUUCCUGUCCAGUUAAAGAAAAUGAAUGAUUUGAAGAUACAUACUUUCUUGUUAAAGGUAUUGUUAAAGGCGCACUGACAGAGCAGCACAAGAAUCAGUGCAGGCCUUUGUCAGGAACAUCGCUGAAAAACAGAGAUAAGAGACCAGAUUACAGCUUCACUUGUAAAGUCAGAUCACCAUCAAAUGAACAAUACAGGUCAUCCACACUUACUGCUGCAUAAAAGACUGUCUGCAUCAUAGGUCAUGCCUCCUCCAUGUUAAAUGGAUAGUGCAGUCUUUUUUAUUUGAUCUUAUAAACCCAGGCUUUAAAAAAGAGAUCAUUAAAAGGAUAUGCCAGAGUAAAAUUAAGAACAUUUAUAAAAUCGAGAGAUGAAUGUUGGCAACUGCUUGCUUCUCUAGUUAUACCAACUUUGGAAACAACCGCACGAGAGCAAUACACAGCAGUCUAUGUCUCCAUGUGUAAACCUCAACCAAAAAGCAACUCUAUCGCCACAAAUAAUGCUCAGAACAGCACCUAACUUCAUCAACAGUACAUACAGGGUCCCAGCCAUAGUACUAUCCAACAAACAUCUUUUUAUCUUUGCCUGAUUUCUUCAGCAAAGUGACUGAACACAACUCACCCACUCUCCUCCAGCAGCCGCUUGUUUUCGGGGGAGCCCUGAUGAGUCGAUCACCGAGUGCUAUGGAGUUUCACAGCUCAAGGAAGAACAUUUAUGAUUAUUACUUUAUGGAAAUGCAAUCAGACAGAGAUGCUAAGGUAGAAGAACUACCACGUCUGCAGUGAAAAAAUAUUAAUAUGAUGAUUAUUACUUAAAGGAAAUGAUCUGCUGCACUUGAUGAUCAACUCGUCAGGACUCCCCUCAAAAACAAGCAGCUGCUGGAGGAGAGUGGGUUAGUUGUGUUUGGUGUUUUUGCUAAAGAAAUCAAGCAAAGCUAAGAAGAGGUUUGAGGGCUAGUAUUAUAACUGGGACCCUUUAUGUACUGUUGAUGAAGUUAGGUGCUGUUCUGAGCAUUAUUUAUGGCUAUAGAGUGGCGUUUUGGUUGAGGUUUGCGCAUGGGGACGUAGACCACUGUGUAUUGCUAUUGUGUGGUUGUUACUAAAGUUGGUAUAACUAGAGAAGCAAGACCCGAACUUAAUAUUAUGCCAGAACAUCCCUUUAAAGAGAGUCAAAGAAAAAAAAAGGGUGAUGAACAUUAUGUUACUUUAAUCGAUAACCUUCUUGGCCCUUUUUUGAUCCUUCUACUUCAUCGUCUUCAGAUCUUUCCCUCCCUAAAAGGUAAAACACCAAGUCUGAUGUAGCUCCAACUUCUCCUCUCUCCUCAUUACACAGAUUAGUGCCGCUUAAAUGUUUAAUUAGUUGAAUACCACAGAUAAAUGGCCACAACCUUUAGGGGCUCAUGGGAAGUUGAAGUCCAUUGGCUGUAAAACAUCUGCUCAAUUUGCGGGUAUAGAGCAACACAUGAAAAUUAUAGGAAUCGUCAAUAUCUGUAGCUGAUAAAUACUCCAAAUGUUUCAAAAUACAGUGAAGAAAUGUUUCGAUGUUGUUAGGUAAAACCUGAGGUGGUAUGUUUGCUGUGCCGUAAUAAAGAGUAGCAGAGCUGCUCACUGCAGGAGGACGGUGUAUGUGGCUUUAACUGGGAUUCCUUUAGACUGUGGAAUAAAGACAUCCGUGUUGGCGGCUUCUCCCUCUAUUUCCUCCGUAAUGAUGGCGUCCAGAGGGAACUCGGCGUGAACUUCUGCUUGCACUCCACUGACAGAGAUAAAGUGUUGAGCAAGACAGCGAGCAGGUUCUCUCAGGGUCAGUCCUAUAUGCAGACUGGCUUUAAGCAUUGUGCAGCUCAUUAAGGAGUGGGUCAGCAGAGGACGAAACGACAGUCAUUGAAAAAUUACCUGUAGAUUACAGACAUAGAGGGAUGCUGGUUCAUCAGGACUUUUGUCUCCCUUCUCUUUGAGCUAAAAUAAAGAUUGAUCAAAUAUUUACAGUGGAAGUAGCACAGAGACAACAUAUCAGAUGUUGCAAAAGAGAAGUUUCAUUGUUUGGAAAAUUACAAGCUUAUUUUAAAUUUGAUGGCAGUAACACUUAAAAAAAUGGACAGGGCUAUGUUGUUUAUUUGUUUCAUUCCCUUUUCUUUUGACAGCACUGUAAGCCUCGGCGAACCGAAUGAAACCUACUGCUGUUAUUUUGAAAGUGAAAUGUUUUUUCUGUUCUUGUUUAUAAGGAUGACAGGUUGUCACUGCAAGCAGGAUCCUUUCAAAAUAAAGUCAUACAUGUUGUUGUUCAUGCAGAAUGCGGUUCGGCAUUGUCGUGCAAAAAUAAGCUGGUUCUUCAUGAACUACAUGGCAGCAUGAUGAACCAAAACUUGUGUAUAUUGUUCAUGUUUUCCUUAAUAAACAGGUUACCCAACCUAUAUUCACUAAUGCAACCUAGCUAUCCCAGCUGCUUGCUUUGAACUGUGCCCUGAUAACAAUCCUGAUGGCUCCUCUAGUGGAAGUAUGUCUAUGUUUACAUUUACUAUUUACCAGAACAGCAUGUUGAUGAUAUUUAAAUUAUCCUUGUUUGAUUUAUAGCAAAUUAGACUCAACAUGUUUAGUAAAAGCAUAGCAGUAUUAGCAUAAUGGAGUUGAGGUAAGUGGUGGGGUAGAGUCAAAAUGUUCAGACUGAUGCGAAUAAGUUCAAGAUUUUCUUCGAUACAGUGAUAAUAAUGGUUCAAUCAUCAAUUCAGUCAAUUCAGUGGUCAAUCAUUGAGUGCAGCGAAUCAUUUCCUUGAAGUAAUAAUCAUUAUAUUAAUCAUUUUGCACUGCAGACACAGAAGUUCUUCUGCCUUAGCGUCUUGGUCUGACUGUAUUUCAAUAAAGUAAUAAUCAUAAAUGUUCCUCCUUGAGCUGUGAAACUCCGCUGCACUUUGUGAUCGACUCGUCAGGGCUCCCCCCACAAACAAGCGGCUGAGUGGGUGAGUUGUGUUUGGUCUCUUCGUUAAAGACACCAGGCAAAGCUAAAAAGAUGUUUGAUGGCUAGUACUAUGGCUGGGACCCUUUAUGUACUGUUGAUGAAGUUAGGGGCUAUAGAGUGACUUUUUGGUUGAGGUCUGCACAUGGAGACGUAGACAGCUGUGUAUUGCUAUCCUGGUCGUUACUAAAGUUGGUAUAACUAGAGAAGCCAGCAGUCGCCAGCAUUCAUCUCUCGAGGGGGUGUCUAACUCGGUGUUGCGGCGUAUUUGACCCAAACUUAAUUUCACACUGGAAUAUCCCUUUAAAGCAGAUGGAUAGCAGGCAGGUCCACAGCAGCAGGACAGCAAUCUAGAGGGACCUACAGCAUGAGGUAGCUCAGGGUCUCCAAGAAAAGACUGUGGUUAGUCUCUUUAACGGGACAUGAUGAUUCCCUAUUUUUCCCUGAUGUCUUGGUCCACCUUGGACUUAGGGCCAGAAAGGUCUCAAGUAUUUCUCGAAUAAAUUUAAAUGGGAUUUCUUCUUUGAAUGCUGAACACAGAAUCAGUUUUUACUGAGAUGUUUGCAACAGAAUCGUAUUAAACUCAAUAAUUUAAGCAGAUUUUGCUGUGAGACAUAAUUCUUGAAGUGUUACUGACAGUGAAUACAGUAACUUACUGUAUUCAUCAGUCUUCCACAGAGAGGUGAACCCCUCCUGGUCUUUGCUUCAGAAAGGCUCAGCCUCUCUGGGAUGCCCCUUUAUGCCAUAUCACAUACUGUUGGUAACAAGUUUCUAAAAGAUUAAUCAAAUAUGAGCCGUUUUCUUGAUGUGUGAGGGCUCGUUAAUAACCCCCCUGUUGAAUGAAUAUAAAUGAGCCAGGUUGAUAACAGCUAUGUUGGUUAUGGAGAAAUAUUGAACUGGUGGCAUAAUUAGAAAAAUUUAUCUUAGAAAACAUAAAUCCUGAUCAUGUUAGGGAAACGCUCCGUUCAAUCAUGCCUUAAUAGAAUUAAGUCUGCAAUAUUUUGCACAAAUUACUGACACGAUGUGUGCAAUUACAGCUUCAACUGAAAUGUUGCAGUGACCAGAACGAAUUAACUUUCCACCAUGUUUCUCUAUUUAUUCCUCUACAGUAUUGAGCAGAUCGUCCACACCUGAGUUCAUUUUCCCAGAGUGAUUAAAAUGUCACAGCCCAGCCUGUAAUACAAGCCGACUUUAAAUUUCAUCAAGAAUCAUGAGGAAGACUGUAGAUUACCCAAAAGGAUUUCAUCGUGUUGACUCUGAGUGAGAAGGUGGUAAUCAAUCAGAGCACUUCGCUCAAAUGUCACUUAAUCAAGGUGUGUGUAUAUGUGUGUGUGUAAAAUCAGCUUGCUGCUCAUGUAAAAGUGCAUUUUAAAGUGCCCACCCCCACCAAUAGCAAUACAUGCGUACUUUUUAAGAAGCUAAAGUUUCAGUGUGAUUACUCUCCAGGCGGUUCCAUUGGAAUUACAAUCAUGUAGAUUUUUAAACUGCAAAUAAUAAUAACCACCACCAGUACCCUCUGCCAUAAAGACCUCCAGCUUUAUCUCCAAAUUUCAGAUUCAGUGCUGGUACUUUCUUGGGGGCAUGAGAAGGAAGAAAAAAAAAACCUGCUGGUAGGUUGAGACACCUGCCUGAGGUAUCACACGCUCCCCUUCAGUCUGAGCUCUGCUAUCUUAAGAACGAGAGAAAGAUGUUGAAAAUAUAUAAGUGAGAAUGCGGUUACUAUGUUUUUGAGUUUGCUGAGAAAAUAAGUGAAGCAUUCGGCAUGUUAAGAUGCUUUAAAGUAGAAUCUUAAGAUCAGCAGCAUCAAGAUGACUUGUAUGCGGAUGAUAAAUUCCUGAUAAAGCACAGUUUAGUAUCGCUCUGUACCUGGAAAAAGAUCCUACAUCAAAGAAUCCUUCAAACAGACAAACCUUGAAAAUGAAUAAAAUCUUGAUUAAUUAGUUAUUAAUUCUUUUUGUCUAUAUUUUUGCACUAUUAGGAUUGGUUAAAAAGCGUGACCUUAGCCAUGUCAUGUCAUAUUUUGAUAUAAAAAAAACUGUCACCAUCCUGCAGAGUCAUUUUCACAACAGAAAACACUGCUCAUUUGUUCACAUAUCUGUAUGGUACAUCAUCCUAUUUUUAGUCAACUGCUGAUUACAUAGUCAGCCUCAAAGUUGCAUUACACUGUGGGGUCAAAGUUCACAUCUUACAUCAACACACAAGUCUGCCUCUAGCAGCAUUAGUCAGAGAAACUUGACAAACUGCGAUCUCAGGGUGAUACCCACCCAUGGUUGCUAUAUAAUAAGCUCAGAGAAGUUAAUGUGAAGAAAUGGUGAAAAGACAAAAAGUGUUGCUUUUUCUGGGGUGGUGAUUGUGAGCAAAAGGUCAGCCAAAAAAGAGCAUUGAUUUGCUUACAGCACACAGUCAAAACAUUGAGAGUAAAAUAACGCAUUCAUGCUUUAACAACCAUAUUUAUUAUUUUUUACGUCUUUUAAACAUCUGUCCUAAUGGUACACUAUAGCUUCCAAUACUGAAACGUGUCAGCUGUACUUUUUUUUUUUUUUUUCAUCUUGUGUUAAAGUCGUGUUUUUCUCUUGAGCUGAGCCUCACUGGGAGGAAACAAACAGCACAGUUGUAAAAAUCAAUAACUCAAGGAAAGUCAGGACAUGCUGCAACUUCCUCUGACGGACAGGCUGACUUCAGUUCUUACUGUUCGGAUACAGCAGUCAGAGGGCGUGAAUCAUUUCAGCGUGAAGUCUAAAUUUGAUUAAAUGUCUUUCUAUGAACUCCUCAUUUCCUCUAUCCUCAUGCUCUGGUGUGUACAUAUGGAAAAAUGCUGUGUGCAGUCGCCCUGUCAGCAGCACCCAGUCAUAUCAAUACUAUUUUGAGCAGAACCAUCUGUGACCUUUCACUGCACAUGUUCACACUGUCAGAACGGUUAUGCUAUGAUAUGAUGAGUUGCAGGUUUGAACCAGCACGCACACACACGCAUGCACACACACACACACACACACACACACACACACACACACACACACACACACACACACACACACACAAGCUCAUCUCUUCUCCACAAUCUUCCUCUCAGAAGAUGGUGAAAAUGUUCAGCGAUGAACUGACCAGCCAGAUAACAAAGCCCGUUUCCUUAGCACACAAACAAACAAUGUUUACAUUCUGCACCUCCUGGACAAAAAAAACCUGCAUUUUUUUUUUUUUUUUUUUACUGUGUAGGAAAGCUGUUUGCUUGAAAAGGUGCUGUUCUCAUAAAAGAUUAAUAGUCGCUAGUGGCCCCAAGGCACCCAAGCCAACAUCUCAGGAUUCAUAAAUAAAGUUAAAUGGAUCAAUAUUUCCAAGACUUCAGAGGUAACCUAUGCUGAGCACUACCUUUGCAGAGAAAACUUUGAGAAAGGUUAGGUUUAAAUCGAAGCUCCCUUACAGUUAUAAUGAAGAAAGUGUGUUAUUUAAUCAUCCAACUGUGUGGGGAAUGUAUACGGAAAAUCCAGACACAGCUCACAGGCUGUGAAAUAGAAAAAUCCAGGAACUAUAUCUUAUCAAAUCAUAAUGUGAACGGAUCAAAACAACAGUUUCGUACUGUUUCCCACAAAAAUGUAGAGUCUAUUUUCUCGGGAAAGAAAACAAAGUAUUGACUGUCAGAAUCAUGGCCGAGACAUUUCUCCUCUCUGUACGGCCGGCAUCGAACAAUCAUCCAUCAGCUUUCAUUGAGCCAAAGUACCAAAACAGAAUGACGUAUUCCUCCGGGGAGGAAAUCGAACAAUACUACACCCAGAGACAUUUGCUCGUCAUUUCUGAAUUUAUCGAGAGCGGUGAUAUUUAUGAUGCAUGUUUGGAUUAUACAGCUGUAUGAAUUUCUCAAGCAUUUGUCAUCAUUUGAUACCCUCAGCCUCGUUCACAGAGGGACUUAGCAGUUUUUGUGCCUGUUUGAUCUGAGCAAAUGAAAAGAUAUAAUGUGGUAAAACAUUUUUAAAGUUCUAGUGAUCAUGACAAUUUUACAACUCAAAAAUGAUACACAUGUACAUAAAGUCUAAUAGCAUUACCUUGACAUUGCUAUUGUAACUUUAAGGGGUAAAAUAAAGGCUGAAGUCAGAAAAUAGAGAUGCCGAUGGUUCACCUUCAUGAUCAGACGCAAUACAAGAGCAAACUGCACAAAAGGUGUAAAACUUCAUGGGCGUGUUGGCAAUUGAAAGUCAUUAGAACAAUACAAAUAACAAAUACAACAUAUUCCCACAGUAGCCAUCUUCCUAUGUCCUUAUGCUCAGGAUAGAUUUCUCUAAACUGUCAUCAUGUAAUAUUGUAUUAUAACUGUUUUCAUCCUUUAUUAUGAUUAUUCUGACUGCACUAAUGUACGGCUGUUACUACCUAGAUUUACAUCAUAUUAGCUUGCCAAAAAUACAGUGUCUAAAUGCAGUUCAGGUAGAUGUAAAUGUAGAUCUGUUACUACGACGACGAUCUCAGUAAUCAAUCAAAAGUCCCCAGUAAACAGGGCACUGUAAGGUUCGUGGUGGGGAGUCUUACUUGUGAACCAGCUCCAUUAAUCGGAAAUUCAUAUUAACAGCUGAUAAAACAGGAUUUUUUCUUCCUCCAAGUGUUACUUGACAAGCCACAAAAAUCCACAAGUAAACAACAUAAAAUGAGAGCUUAUCUGCUGCAAUGUUUGUGUUUUUACUUUUAAUGAUGCAACUUUUAUAACCACUUUAAAAAAUUAGGAAUGCAGCCAGGGCUUAAAAGUAUGUAUAAUUUUCUCUCAUCUAUCAUCAUGCACAAUAAGAAAACUUUGACUUGUUCUAUUUGACAAACAGAUCUUUUGCUGAUUAUAUUUUCUGGUUUUUGAUUUGUUUGCAUCUGUACCACCUGAAUGCCGAAAGGCUUAAGAUUCACAAUUGUGUUCCUUUCUCUCUUUACUUGUCUAAAAUGUGAUUUACUGUCAAUGUUGGCUCAGCGAAAGAACAGAUAAUACUGAGGCUGGUUCUGAUACUUGUCAUUUGUGAAACCAGUAGGGAUAAGUGCUUGCAGUCUGGAAUUAAAACCUCUUUUUCACUGUCAUCACAGAAACAGGGUGUUGAAAUGGUCUUGCUGACUCAUACGUUUGUUUUUGUAUUCUUUGGUUUCUCUCCUCAGGGGACUGAUGCCACGAACACUGGACAGCCAGAUCACAUUAGAGAAGACCCCCAGCUACUUUGUCACCAGAGAGGCACCCAGACGCAUCGCCAGCAUGUCCCAUGAGACCAAGCUGAUAGUUGUGGUGCGUAAUCCCGUCACAAGAGCAAUUUCUGACUACACACAGACUCUCUCCAAAAAGCCUGACAUUCCUACGUUUGAAGAGUUGGCCUUUAAGAACAGGAGUCUGGGUCUCGUCGAUUCUUCCUGGAAUGCCAUUCGCAUCGGGAUGUAUAUUCUGCACUUAGAAAACUGGCUGCAAUACUUCCGCCUGUCACAGAUGCACUUUGUGAGUGGGGAGCGGCUGAUCACUGACCCAGCAGGGGAAAUGGGACGAGUUCAGGACUUUUUAGGACUGAAACGAAUAAUCACGGACAAGCACUUCUACUUUAACAGAACCAAAGGUUUCCCUUGUCUGAAGAAGCCGGAGAGCAGCAGCCAGCCACGCUGCCUCGGCAAAUCCAAAGGUAGAACUCACGUACAAAUUGACCAGGAGGUCAUAGAGCAGCUGCAGGAGUUUUACAGGUCAUUUAACAUCAAGUUCUAUGAAACUGUUGGACAGGACUUCAAGUGGGAUUAAGAGGGUCGUACAGAACCAGAAGCCUCCUGCCUUUGGACAUGUGAUAUAUAAAUGAGGGUAUCAUCAGCAAAAUGUUUAAAUACAAAUGUUUAAGUAAGAAGUUUAUUGAGAUUAACCUAUACCAAAUCAAUAUAGAAAAUUAUACCUUCUAGACAUUAAAAUAGAUUUAUCAAUGGUUUCAUACCAUUAUAAAAAGUGCCACUUCUAUAAGAAAAUAUAUACAAGAUCUAUGAAAAGAAAAACAAGAUCCACAUUUUCUCACUUCAACCCGGCUUUGAAUUCAGCAGACAACCAGCAUUAAGACAUUAACCAAGUUAUUAAUCAGCAACUGUCACCGAGCCAUCCUGUCAUUAAGCUGCACCACCUACAUAAAUGACACUGCUUGAAUAUUCAUCGACUGGAUUGCUUAUUUAUUCAUUGUUUCUGCUCAAAACGAACCACUGGACUUAUCUCAAUUAAUGGUUCGAUUGGAAAGUUUUGGUAAAAUGUGAAAUGAAUAAUAAAAUUACAGUUUUCAUUAUUCUGCAGUUACAUUAUUUAAGUUCACAUGCAACACUGAUAAAUUUACAAAGCAAAUGUACUGUAACUGAGGAGAUCGAAGUUGAGAUGAGAUGCUUUAACAGUGAUAAAGGUUCAUUAUUUGUUGUAUUUCUGUUGUGAUCAUUAAAAUAAAAAGCAACGUAUGAAUUCCAACACUU